AGCCCAGCAAACAUCACCCUUUGCGUUCCUGUGAGAGUGUAAUAACUGUGCGUGCUAAAAAAAUUCGUGCGUGGUCGUUGUUGUACUUUGCUUGUUUAUUAUCUUUUGGAACGAUUCGAAACCUUUCACCAACCAACCAGCCGACCAUAAAACGAAAAGACGUAUCUUAUUAUAUACACACAAUAUUUUGUUUUUAUAAAUUGCCACAACACCUUAUACAACAUAACGUAACAUCAACAUCAUGUCGACCAUCACGCGAAGACGGGUAGCUGGAGCUUCAGCCAGUGCAGAUGAUGGUACAGAAUCCAGUAGUCAAGGAGCUAGCCGAUCGCAAGACAAUUUGUCGCCUUCAUCAGAAAAGAAGGUCGCUUAUGACCCACGCGAUGUCGAUGAAAGCAAAAGCACUCCAAAACUCACUCUUAUGGAAGAGGUUCUUUUACUCGGCUUGAAGGACAGACAGGGAUACCUUUCAUUUUGGAAUGAUAGUAUCAGUUAUGCGUUGCGCGGUUGUAUCGUAAUGGAACUUGCGUUCCGAGGACGAAUUGCCAUGGUAAAAGACGCCAACCGGAGAAAGUACCCGUUGUCUGACCGAUUUAUCGAGGUGGUUAAUGACAAGUUGACAGGCGAAGUACUUCUUGACGAGGCAUUAAAGAUGAUGAAGAUCAGCGAAAAAAUGAGCGUUGCUAGCUGGAUUGAUUUGAUGAGCGGUGAAACAUGGAAUGUGAUGAAAAUUGGAUAUCAGUUAAAACAAGUACGAGAACGUCUAGCAAAGGGACUGGUUGACAAGGGCGUGCUGCGAACGGAGAAACGGAACUUCUUGUUAUUCGACAUGGCCACGCAUCCGAUUGCCGACACGGGAGCCAAGGAAGAAAUCAUCAAGCGCGUCUGUACAAUGCUCGUUACGCGUGUAUCUUCGAGUUCAAUUGAUUUGCAAUCAGACGUCCCCCACGCAUAUUUACGGACGGUCAGCAUGAUUUGUGCUGCUUAUGCAGCCAAUGUUUUGGAAAACGCACUUUUAUAUCUGCAGCCCGAUCUUCGGGAACAAGCUUUCAACAAGGUCGACGAGCUCAUGAAUGACUUUUCUACAUGGCCUUUUGCGGGAACCGCAGGUGCAAAGAUCGAGAUGGCAGCCGGUACUGAGUUAUCAUUGGAAGUCACUGCGGCUGUUCUUAACGUGCUCACGAAAAUGGAUGCUAUUGUAAGUCACUUGUCUUUGGGGCUCGGAUGAAAUAGAAGGAAGGAUGGAGGAAACAACAUGUUACUGGGCUUCUUUAUUUCUUUCUCGUUUUGCUAACUUGCAUGUUUGGGUAUUUACAGCUAUAAAUAUAAGCACGCCACCU